AUGGACUGGAUCAAAUUUUUUUGCUUCAAUUUGGUCUUGUUCGUGUCUGCUGUCGUCGGCAAGUCUCUCCAUCAGAACGAAUUGCUAGUAUUCAGGAUUACAAUCCCUAUCAUGACAGGAUGUCUCAUCUCCGCAUACGGCAAAUGGGCAAAGGGUUUGUAUUGGAUCGUGUUCUUGGAAGUCGCCUUAUUCGUAUGUAACCUGUUGGGAAGAUUGGUGUUUGAACGCACAGAGAUUCCAAUCAUAUUCAUGUACAUCAUUGGAGAAGCCAUCAUAUCCAAUAUCAUCGCUGUCUCGCUGCUUUCCAUCUGGACUAGAUCGAGAAGGAAAGCAGGCCUAUCACUGAAUGAACCGGUCUUGCUGGACGAGACCUCCGUUGUGAUACCAUUUCUUGUUCUAGCUCUUUCUCUUACAGCUGUGGUUGGAAUUAUUGGUGCGGCUAUAUUGAACAACAUAUCAGUCGAUUUCUUUUUGGACUUUUUUGCCUCGGAAUCCGUAGGAACUAUUCGCAGCUUUGUUUAUGACGACCACCAACUGGCACUGAUGUUACUGCUCGUGUAUCUCAGUAUGUUGCCAUUUACGGUAGUGUUGGCCGAGAGGAAUCGAAUCCUUGAAUCAGUUGAGAAACAGGUAGAUGACCGAACUGCCGAUUUAGUAAAAGCGAUUCAAGAAAAGGGAGAAUUUAUGAGCUUCCUCUGUCAUGAGCUGAGAAACCCGUUACAUGUCGUGCUCUCGAUGUCGGAUAUGGCCAUGCUCGAUAAUCCGAACAACGAAUAUGCCAAAGCUUCGAUUACCGCUGCAAGAUACAUGACCGACUUAUGUAACGACGUACUCGAUGCCACCAAACUUCAAAGUGGCAAGACAAACAUUGAACCACAAUGGGGGGAUCUAGUCACUACGCUUGGAGACCUGUGUCAUGCAAUGUCACUUCAUGCUACGACGCUGGGAAUCCGUUUGCAAUACCAUCCUGAUUCCGAUGUACCAGACAGAGUCUUUGCAGACAGUCUACGAUGGAGACAGUGUCUUACGAAUCUCCUGGCCAACUCCUGUCGAUUUACCAAGCGUGGUGGUAGAAUUGAUGUCUACUUGCAUCUGCUCAAGGACGGCUCACUUCCUUUGGAUCAUGUACGAUUGAGAUGUGAGGUCACCGACACAGGAAUCGGCAUAGAUCCAUCACACAUACCGACACUCUUCAUACCAUUCAGUAUUGCCAGUCAAAAGACAGCACGAGAGUAUCAAGGAUCGGGUCUAGGCCUGUCCUUGAGUUAUAUGCUUGUCGACCUCAUGGGUGGUAAACUGAGUGUAGAAAGUCAACUAGGUGACGGAAGUCGAUUUUGGUUUGAAUUGGUGGUCCCGACUGAGAAAUCAAGUCAUCUCGUUAACGUUGAUCACGACGUUGGUGAUGCUGAUCUCGAUGCCACAACAAUGGUUGAUAUAGAAAUGGUCGAACUCACGUCCUCAGCUGUGAUUGCUCGCAAUGACUCGUCGGGCGCAAGGCAUGAACGACCACGAAAGACUAUCGCAAAUGGUCAUUGGACUAGGAAAUUGGUCAGUCCUGAUGCUAAUGCCAUAGAAGAAGAAGAACCACGAAGAUAUUACAGAAGGAAUGAUGACAAUAGAACAACAAGGCCGUCGAACGCUCUAACCACAACAGCAGGACCGGCAGUCAUCGAAGAGAAGGAUAUCAUUGUGUCAGAGUCCACCACUUUACUUCCAUCGACCAUACAACCACAUCAACCAACCACAUCUUUAGCACUACCGUAUAUUCUUCAGAGUACUUUGCCAGAUAGGCAUCUUGAAAAUAGUAGCUCAGCUCUAGCCACACAUUCUCGAAUCCUGGAAAAUAUAGCAAUGAACGAUUACGAUAAGGCCCAAACGACAGCUGCAUCGGAUACCACAGAUGACCCUAUCGUUGGUUUUCUCGUGGUUGAUGACUCGGAUGUCAAUCGUGCACUGUUGAAACGUAUGCUUAACCGUUUGGAGCCCCGUAUGAAAUUGCAUAUGGCUUGUGAUGGUCAAGAGGCUAUUGAUCUCGCAGAGAAAUACCAGUAUCGAGUGAUAUUUAUGGACUUGCAAAUGCCUAGAGUUGAUGGUUGGCAAGCAAUUGCUCAUAUAGGAAAAGCAGGCCUCAAUAUCUCAACACCCAUUGUCAUUACAACUGCUAAUGCCGUGACUCUAGAAGAAAGAUCUCUUGGCCAAUGCCAAGUCUUGUGCAAACCAUUUCUUUCAAAAGAUUUGAAGGCCAUUCUCGACAGUUUACAUAGUGUAGAUAACACCCUAAAAAAGUAG